AUGCUCUUUACUCUUACUGAUAAUAAUUCCCUUUUUCUUGAUUGGAGUAAAUCUUANAAAUUUUCAUAACCUGAAUUAGGAAUUCAUAAAAUAUCAGAUCAAAACAUUUAAUUGUAUUUUUGAAUCAUUUAUAAUCUUAAGAGAAGAAAAGUUUAUUAGCAAAUAAAUGAGUGAUGAUCGAUUUGAUAUGCAAUAGUAAUUAAGUUUCAAUACUCAAAAUGAAAAUAAAAAUACUAUGAUUUCCAGUAUUGUUUAAGAGUUGGAUCAUUAUGCUGCUGCAUUUAUGAUUCGCAUAUUAUAAAGGUAUUCAUAUUUUUUUAUAUAGAAAACAUGCCUUGGUAGGACAUUUGAAACAAUUAAGUUAAAAAUUAUAAAAUGAACCAAAUCUCAUAGAAGAUUAAGAAUUUAAAGAUCUUUAUCAAUGGUCAUUAUAGUAGAUAAGAAACUUUGAUUCAGCUUCAAAACAUGUUAUGACUAAAUUUAGAAUGAGAGGAUUGACACGCUAUUGUAAAAAACUAUUUUAUUUAUUUCAAGCCUUGUAAUAGGUGAACAAUAAUCUCGAUAAAGUUUUAAGCAUGCCUUUAGCCUAUAUGGAAAGAGAAUUAGACCAAAAUAAUGCAAAAUCUGAAGAAGUGAAGAAAAAUCAUGAAAUAAAAUAGAUCAUUCACAAACAAUAAGAUGUAUAUUAUUUUAUUCUAUUUCAAAGGAAAAAAUCAACUCUCAAUUAAAUUCAUUACUAACUUAAAAGUUUUCAUUUCUAGAUAAAGACAAUUGUAAAUAUUCAUCAUAUGAUUUCAUACACAUAGAAUUAAAACCAUUAGUUUCAUCCCUCUUUGGCCUAUUAUAUACAUUAAAUAGUAGUUAAGAUUUGAAUAUGAAUUCCAAUGCUCAUUGGCAAACAUUAAAAUAAAAUAUCCAAGAAUCCCACCCUUAAUAACUCCUAGAAAUAUAAGAAUCAAUUUUAAGAAUUGUAGGUAAUCAUAGUAAAUGA